AUGUCAAGUCACAGUGCUUCAUGCUCAAGUGACAUUUCAGUCGACCUAACCGAUGCCUUUCGAAGUAUGAUACUGAACAAGCGUUUCGUCUUGUGGGAUGAUUUUGAAAGCGCCUUAAAAGAGUUCCAAAAAGUAUGGAAUUAUAAUUUUAUCGCUUCUCAGACUACAUAUACUCGUUACAUCCACACAGAGAGCAGAUUGCUGAAGGAUGUCAGGUUCAAAUACCUGUUUGUAUCGUUUAAUUGUACGUUUGGUCAUAAGAGGAAAUCGGAAGGUUUGAAAAUUUGUCAUGAUAUAAAU